CUCAGUGGAAGUGUCAAUCACCUGCUCCUCCAGUGGGGUGAUGAGGGUGUCCUGCUCCUCUGAGGGGGAUCAGCUCCUCUACAGCUGGACUCUGAAUGGAGAUCCACAGAAGGAUGGAAACAGCAGCAUAGAUCUGGAUGAGAGAAGUGAUGGAGACAUCAGCUGCAGCGUGAAGAACCACGUCAGUCACGCACAGAACACCACGAGACUCAAACCCUGUCCUGGUCUGGAUCGGUUCUGCAGUUUUGAUCAGUCUGAUCCCUGUUACACAGCUCUGGGACACAAACUCAAUCUGAUGAUGCUGGACUCUAGUGAAUAUGAUCUGAAGAUACAAAAGAGAAUAAACAACCCACAAGAUGAUCCAGUUUGUAGAGUAAAGAAUGAUAAAAUGAAGAGGAGUGAAUGUGAUCUUUAUAGAAACAGACCUGAAGUAACAGUCAUUAAUGGGACUCUGAUAAUAAACCCUGUGAACAGAACAGAUUCAGGGAAUUAUAGAUUAAUUCUCUCCAGAACUCAGACGGCUCAGAAACAUCUAGAGAUCUUCAGUGGGGUGAUGAGGGUGUCCUGCUCCUCUGAGGGGGAUCAGCUCCUCUACAGCUGGACUCUGAAUGGAGAUCCACAGAAGGAUGGAAACAGCAGCAUUGAUCUGAAUGAGAAAAGUGAUGGAGACAUCAGCUGCAGCGUGAAGAACCACGUCAGUCACGCACAGAACACCACAAGACUCAAACCCUGUCCUGGGGAUCAGGUCCUCUACAGCUGGACUCUGAAUGGAGAUCCACUGAAGGAUGGAAACAGCAGCAUAGAUCUGGAUGAGAGAAGUGAUGGAGACAUCAGCUGCAGCGUGAAGAACCACGUCAGUCACGCACAGAACACCACGAGACUCAAACCCUGUUCUUCUUUGUCUCUGGUGUUUGUUCUGGUCUGGUGUCUUCAGAUGAUGGUUCUGUUGGGUCUUUUAGGAGCUUUUCACAUCUACAUGAGACACACGUCAGGAAAGAAACAAGAAGAUCAGGAAGAGGACGAGAAGAUUUAGAGAAGGACGUGAACACACAGCAGAAGAUUCAUCACAUCUAUGAGAAAUGAUUUCAUAAUCUCUCAGAUUCUCUCAUCAGUCCAGCUUUCACCCGUCAACCUCAGAUCUUUAAUAUAAAACCCAAAGAUGAGUUAAAACUAGGAGAUUCUGCGUGGAUUAAACCAGAUUUUCUACAGUUUAAUUAUGAAGAUUAUUUUCAGGGCGUUUUCAGGUCUUUUGUAAUAGUUUUAUCGCUUGUUUUACUUAUUUGUCUUCACACUUUGAAUGAACUAGCAGUACUUUUAUUAGAUUACAUGAAACUCCUUCUGAUCAUCACUGAUAAAAUAGUCCUUUUUCUGAAUCAGAUUGAUCACAUUGUGUUUAUUUUUAUAUGUGUGCUCUUGCUCUUUUACAUUAUUCUGUUGUUUGGCUUUAUUUCUUUAAUUUUCAGGGUCUGUUUAGAUGUUUUAUCGGUCUGAAGUUCUCCGUUUUAUGCCGUGUGUUGUUUUGCUGCCAGAGGCUCGAUUUGCUUUGAAUUUGCAGACGAGUUUUAACAUAUU